AAAGAAAAGGCAAACGACGACGAGAUGAUGAGUUUGGAUUAAAUCCAACUAUGUCUGACAAACCGACAAAGCAAGAGUAUGCUAUUGCUAAAUGGAUACGCAAAAAUGUCCAACACAAAAAAACGAAAUUUGCGGGUCAUAAUGUUGAGUACUUCACAGGGAGCAAAGCAGUAGAUAGCCUUCUUGAUUCAAAAUGGGUGACUAGUGAAAAACUAUUUUCUACUAGAGAAGAAAUUGAACUUUAUUUAGAUGAUAUGUUAAAACAUCAGUUCUUUCAUCGUGCUAAAAAAGUUCCUAUCUCGGAACAAGAACUAAAAGCAAUGAAAAAUAAAAAAUCAAAAAAAUUAAAUGAUACAGAUAAAGAAGAUAAAAAAAAAUCUGACAAGAAGAAAAAAGAUGAUGAAAGUGAAGAAACCAGUAAAGAUGAUAAAAAUGAUGAUGAAAAAAAUAAAACUAGUGAAGUGUUAAAAAAAAAGAAAUGGGGUGAACGUAAAAAGAAAAGUCGAAAAAUUAGAUUAGAAAUGCAUAUGGAACAAGUAUUUGUGGACAAUCUUGAUGCCUAUGUUUGGAUUUAUGAUCCUAUUCCAUUUUAUUAUUGGGUAAUUGGUACCUUUAUUGUUUUUGGAGGAAUUGGAAUAUGUUUAUUCCCGUUAUGGCCUCCACAAGUCAGAAUGGGUGUACAAUACUUAAGUAUAGCUGCUGCUGGUUUUCUGAUAUUUAUUAUUGUGUUAGCAAUCCUCAGAUUAGUAUUAUUUAGUAUCAUUUGGAUUUUAUCAGCCGGUAAGCUACAUUUUUGGUUGUUCCCUAAUUUAACAGAAGAUGUAGGCUUUUUUGCUUCAUUCUGGCCAAUUUAUACAUAUAGUGUGAUUUCCAAAAAGAGUAAUAAAAAAGGUAAAAAGAAAAAAGAAAAAUUAUCAGAUGAUGAUGAUGAAGAAGAAGAAGAAGAAGAAGAUAAAUUGCCAAAUGUAUUUGAAGAUGAAAAGAAAUCAGAAACAGAAGUUAAAGUUAUUGAAGACAAACAAGCAGAUUUUGAAAACUUUACUGUUGAUCUAACGCCCGAUAAAGAACAUCCAAAGUUUUCUGAAGAUUCUUCUACUGAUACAGAAUCAAGCAGUCAAUUAUCACAUACUGGUAAUGAUUUUGUAAUUGUGGAUAAGCAAGAUGCCCAAGAAACACAAUGAGAAAAUACAGAAAUCAUAUUUGUUCUGUAAUUGUUUGUUAUUGUUUUUUUAUUUUUAUUUGUCAGAUAAAAAUAUCAAAUCCUUUUAUGAAUGUUUUCCAUUUUAGCUUUGUGCUAUGCUAUAUUUUUAAUAGAAAAAUAAUAUGAUAAAUAUUGUUCACUGUUAUCCUAUCAUCUAACUUACUUAAUAAAGUGCAUUACUAUUUU